AUGAGGCCAUUUUUUACUGCGGCAGGUGAAGAAGGGCAGGAAAAAAAAGGGGAGGAGGCAACAGUUAUAAAUGAAUUGCCAAGUGACACUCCCGCUGCAUGCAUGGCGGUGGAUAUUAUGAAGCUUGGCUACAAGAAUACCAUUAAACCUCGUAUUCUUUUGAUCCACAAAGAUGGCCUUUUGUUUCUAUCGACUUCACCACCACCAUGUGAACAUGAUGAAGGGGUAUCGAAGGUGGAUGGCAGGAGUUCUUUUUUAGAUUACAGGGUAAGGCGCUUUAUUCCUCUGUGUGCGAUUGAUGCGCUUACUCUAUAUGCUCGUGGUACGGUGCUGCGUAUCCAAGUAAUGCGUGAGCAUGAUGUCGUUAUUUGGAGGAGUGAAAAAACCACCAUUUGCCGUGAAUUAAAGAAUGCGGGCCUGGGGAUAUUGACGGUUGCCAAUCGUAUUAUUGAGUUGUAUGCAUCAGUCUCCUUGUCGUCACUUGUCUUGCACUCUGUGGAGGACUUGACCCUUCCUACUUCCCUGCAGUUGUCUAAAAAUGACAUUGGGCGUAUGUUUUUACUUGCUGAAAGUUACGCUCCUUUGCAAUCACGUUUUGUUCGGCGUCGCCACACAGCGAGGAUUAUGAAGAUUGUAGCGUGUGAACACCGCAAGGAAUGUGACGGAACUGAAUGCAUUGAUCUGCGUCGGUGUGCAGAGAUGUGGGGUGGCGGUGGUGGUGAUGAGGAGGAUGGCUUAGGUGUUGAGGUGGGCGUGGUGGUAAAACUUUUCUCCUGGAACGCAGUAAAAGUGACACGAUCUUUUUGUACUAUCACAUGUAGAGGGCAGUCACCGCAUUCCGAUGCGUUGCUGUCGUUUGUUCAGGAUUAUCCUGUUGUUGUUAUGAUGGAGAAGGUACGAAUGGUCUCCAUGGCAACCUCCAUCGUCUCUCGGUGGCCACCGACGGACGAUGUCGUGAAGAUGCGUCGCUCAAAACACGACAGGGAGGACCAGAAGGACAUUUUGGACGCGCGGCAUGAUGUUGUGUACGAUGCAACACCCAUUGCUGGCACACGGAGUCUUCUUCUUACGAAACACGAUGUAGUUCUGUUUCAUGACGAGGCUGGUGACGCUCAAAGGAGCGGGGCUCUUGUUUACUCCCUGUACAGCUUGGCCAGGAUGGGCGUGGAGUUGCCCUGCCACGGCGAGGAUGCGGGGGGUGGCAAAUUAACGAUGAUUUUUGAGGGGCGUGCGGGAGGUCAAGACAUGCCGACAAGGGCGACGACCCUGCCAGCGGGGGAGAAGGAAGAAGAAGAAGAGGAGGAGGAGGAAGGUGAGAGAAUCCAGCAGACGACGAUUGUCAUGGAGUUUCCCACUCCUCCUUCACGUGUCGACAGGUGUGAGGGGGACUACCGGGAGCAAUUAUGUACCGCCGGCAUGAUUGCGAAUGCCAUUUUAGUUUUGUUGGGGUGUGAUGGGAUUGACGUUCCCGUCCUGGUGCGAUCCCCUUCUUCUUCUUCUUCUUCCUUUGAGACGCGUUUCUCAUUGGCGGAGAACGAGGAGGAUGAGGGUGAUGAAGACACGGUUCAUGUUCUGGAAAAGAAACACAGGAGAUCGUUUCCGGAUUUUGUACGGGAGCCACGAGACUAUCGAAGGCCUGUGGGCGUCAUUCCACGGCGAUUUGCAUCCGACAAAACACUGUUAGCGCGACAGGUGCUGCGUCUCACCGCCAGGCGAGUCUGGAAAACGUGCCUUCUGGUUGUGACACCCAACAUACUUUUUGUGUGUGACACGACGACUCUUGUGCGUCGCCGCAUUUUGUUUUCAACGCUUAUGGGGAUGAAGCUACUGUUGCAUCAUAGUGAGGGCCCGCUGCUGUUGAUGUGCAUCUACGGCGAACACGACCUUGUUUUGAAGCAGCACUCUACUACACCGUCGUGGCUGCCACUCAACACGGUGGCAGAUGUCAUUGUGGGAGAACAUCCAAUGAUUUUUCUUGACGAGGUUAGUCUUGCAGGCGCAAGGGGAAAGUUGAAGAAUCUUUUGAGGCGUCGCCUUUUAAGGCCUCCAAGACGAUGUGCAUCCGUUCCAAAGCAUAAAAUGUGGUUUCAUGCGUAUUUAAGUAAUGCCUCCAUGGAAAUGUUUUAUGACGCAUUGAGGCAAGAGAGGAAGAGGAUGCAUCCAAAGGAGGGCGCACAGCAAAUAGAUACAUCGUCGCCAUUGAUCUCUUCUUGUGAGAGAAUCAGUGAGGGGUCGAUAAGUGACCCGCGAGUCUUGCAUUUGAUUGAGAAGUUAAUGACAGAGAGUCUGGUGGGUCUGUGGCGAGGCACCAUUUUUGUUAAUUUCAAAUUAAAGGAGGAGCAAGAAGGGGUGCAUCCAACACAGCAUCAAAGACGCAUGGGACUGGAUGAGGAGGCCGAUUAUCAAAAUGGUGUCAUGUCGUUUACCCGGGAACUUCAGUCUCGAUUACUCACCCCGGUGUGCAUGGAUAUGACUGAGAACAGUGUUUUACAUGUUUGCGACGGUGUGGUGUGCGAAGGUCAAGCGCAAACGAUUUCCACGAAUACAAGCGGUGGGGGUGAGCUACGCGGGGUUCAGGCAACUCUUCGCAUGCAAGAGAAACAACCGUACAACACAGUAGCCGUGGAGCAGGAUGGCGUUCAUGCGUUAUUCAGGUAUCUGCCAAACACCAACUUGGGCAGUUUUGCACGCACUGAGCUUUUGAACGCGGGGUUGUUUCCCUCUGGUGUGGACCUUCUUGCUACUGAGCGGAGGGAUAUUUUGGUUCCAGGGAGGGGAACUGCAAUGAAUAAGAAACACCAGUCUUUCUCGCUUUUUCCAUUUCACCUGAGGUCGCGAUUCUUCUCUUUGGAGGAUUUAACCCCCAUGACGACAGCGCCAGCAAAGUUUAUUUCCUCCUCUCCAUCAACGCCUUUACUUUUCCCAUACAGAAUAGCGGAUGAUGUGGCGCUUUGGGCGCAUGAAGUGCCCAAUCCUUUGUUCUUGAUGAACAUUGGGCCCACAUGGACGAUGGUUCGUUUUCAGUGCAAUGAUGAUGCAAUGAUUUGUGUAGGGAACGCAGCAUUUGUACGCCACGUUCAUCGCACAAUGCGUUCUGUGACAUUUUAUCAUACGGAAGACGAACGCAAUACCGUUACUUGCUUUUUUUACCCUGUUAAUCAAAAUGGCAACGCAUCGUGGUCAGAGGACAAAAACAAUCCUGCGCCGUGUUGGGGCAAGACGACCCAUGUACGUCGUUUAUUACAAGAUGUCCUUUUGGUGCCAUUUUCUUCAUUUUUAUUGCAAGAUGAUUUUCAUGGGAUUUUUCAUUAUGGAGCCAUUCGGCUUUUAAAUGACACGGUGUUCUGUCGUGUGGGUCGAUAUCGGUGGUUUGAGAUUCCUCUCCCAUUGCUCAUAAAAGACUGGGGUGGGGGGAGUGGGGUUGAGAAAAUGACACGAUUCUGUCAGUGUAGCUGUUGA